UACGGCCUAAAUGUUAGUUUUAUGUUGAAUUUAUUGUUUAGUUUCGUUUGUGGUAAUUUUGUUAAGAUUCCGGAAAAUACGGUUAUCCGGUUUCCGGUUUUAGUAUAGACGAAUAUUAUGGGAUAGCGUUAUCCAAGCGCAGCACAUGUUUUGAGUAUGAGAAGAUUCGUUCGGACUAUCGUAGGAUACGAUACGUCAAUCUAUCUACGUAGAACUAUCACUGAGUCAAUACACCUGUACUAUACUUGUAUGUAGUUGAUGUCAAAGAUAAUAAACACAGAUGAAGCCAGGAAGAUGGAAUUGACCUCAUUCAUUAUUACGAUAGCCAGAACGAUUUCGAGGCGUAUUCGACGCCUACAUUCAUUGACGUAUCAUCCCAGAUGUAAGAGGUAUGAUCUUCAAGCUUUUAAGUGAUACAGAUCUGGAACAAGAUGGCUACUAGAGACAGAGAAGCUGUAGAAGGUUACAUGUAUGACUUAAAUUCAGAUUCUGGACGGGCCAGAAAAUUUAGUGAGAAAGGCAUGCAGUACAAUAUGGAACAGCUUGACAAAAAAUACAAGUCUCUAUGUAGGUCAGAAAGAUAUUUAAAAGAAAUAGCCACUGAAGAUGACGAACCUUUGGAUAUUGUGCGUAAAAAAUACAGUAUGUGGAUGAGUGAGUUCGAAAAAUAUUUGGAACUGUAUGACAUUUUGCUGCCCCAAGUCUCUUCCCAUGAGCAUGAUGAGUUUGCUCAAAGGUUCAAUGAGAAUUAUGGUUCUGCGAAACAAUUCAAAAGUUGGAUUGAGAACUACAUUUCUUCGCGGAGUGCUAUGACAUUGAGUAAGAACACUUUAUCUGUAGCCGAAGAGUUGAGUGUGGCUGGCGAGAAAAUAGACCAAGGCAUUAUAAAGAAAACUGAUCCAGAAGCCGAUGAUAAUGUAUCCGUUUCCAGUACUGCCAGUUCAUACGCGUCUCUGAAACGUAUCAAAGAAGAACAGGUUAGGGUAGAAUUAGAGACAAGGAAACUAGCGUUAUCAAAGAAACAUGAAAUUGAGUUAGCUAAGUUGUCGCUAAAGCUCAAAGAGGAAGAGCUGGAACUUGAUACCGGUAUAGCUGUCGCUCAAGCGAGAAGCGGAGUACUCGACAAGUACGACUCAAAUGAAAAUCUUAAUGCUUCAGUUGACCAGGCUCUUGCGUUCGAGCAACCGCGAUUUACCUCCCCUAAGCCGCGACCAUUGCCUGUACGAUUUACAGAUGAGAGUGUUUGUGCAAGUCCCCCUCCAAUCCUAUAUGAUAGACCUAGACCGCAUAUGACUGGUGUAGCAGAAGUGUCAUCGAGAACACUACCUGAACAAUAUGUUGAUUCGUCCCAUUCACAAACCGUAGUUCAGUCGGUAGUUCAACAUUUAAGAAAACCUGUGGCAGAGGUAAAGAAGUUUAGUGGAGAUCCUCUAGAAUAUCGCAGAUUUAUUCGUCAAUUUCACGCGAAAGUUGUAAUCAACACUGAUGAUGACGAUGAAAGGAUGAACUACCUUGAACAACUUACAUUCGGAGAUGCACAUAAAGUGGUGUCAGGAUUCAGCCAUCUUAACGGCGACAAGGCUUAUAAGGCAGCCAUGAGUCAGCUGGAGGAUCGCUAUGGCGAUGAGGAAGUUAUAGCGACAGCUUUCAUCAAGAAAGCAUUAGACUGGCCCACCAUUCGUCCUGGAGACCCGAAGGCACUCGAUGACUUCUCUUUGUUUCUUGUAGAGUGUGAUAAUGCAGUUGGCACAGAAUCAAAUGGCGUUCUUGACUACUCGGACAAUAUUAAGAAAUUAAUGCUCAAACUACCCUUCUAUCUGCAUGAUAAAUGGAGGAACCAAGUAUAUAAGUACAAGGAAGCAAAGAGGAAGGUUCGGUUCAAGGACUUAGUGAAGUUUGUGAAGACAGAGGCUAAGAAAAUCAACGACCCUACGUAUGGAAGUAUUGCCACUGGGACUUCAAGACCAAAGACUCCGCAAAAGAUUGCACGUUCCAGCAAUGCAGUUCCAGAGAUUGUUACAGAUUCUAUACCUAAGAGCACCAGUGACACCGUACCUCCUCCAGCCCCGAAUUAUAAGUGUUUCUUCUGUGACUCUACUUCCCAUUCUCUGGAUACUUGCAAAAAGAUAACUACCAAACCUAUGAACGAAAGAGUCAACUUCAUUAAAGAAAAGGGAUUAUGCUUUGGCUGUCUCAAGAAAGGCCACAUGUCGAAGAGAUGCCGUAAUCGUUCCAAGUGCGGCAUAUGCAAAAAAAGUCAUCCAUCUAUCUUACACAACGAAGAAAGCUCGUCAGUUGUUAGUGUAUCGAAUGCCAGUACUGGUUAUGCUAUCGCAAAAGAAGAUCAAAAGGGGGAUGUGUCUUGUGCCAUGGCGAUAGUCCCAGUUAGAAUUCGCUUGCGUGAUAAACCUCAUAGUAUAGAGACAUACGCAUUCUUGGAUACAGGUAGUAGCGCUUCGUUUUGCACCGAGACAGUUAUGAAACAGCUUGGAGCUAGAGGUAAGAAGACACAGCUUACACUGAGUACAAUGGGUGAGCCAUUUAUCAUGAACACAUUUUCCAUCAGUGGACUGCAAGUAAGUGACAUUGACUCGGAAAAUGCUAUUGAUCUUCCGCGAGUGUUCACGAAGGAGAAAAUGCCCGUGUCUAAGAAGCACAUCCCAACACAAGCAGAGGUGUCAAGGUGGGAACACUUAGCAAAGGUUUCACUAGCUGAGCCUAACUGUGAGAUAGGUUUGAUGAUUGGCAGCAACGUACCAGAUGCCUACUCGCCUAUUGAGAUACUUGCAGGCCCUAGUGGAUCACCACAUGCUACAAGAACUAAGCUUGGAUGGGUGGUCUGGAAUGUUCUUCGAGAAAGCGGUACUAUACAAGUCAACAGAGUUCACAUUCAGGAUUCAGGAGAAGACAUCGAAGACAUGGUUAAGAGAUCUAUGAACCUCGAUUUCCCUGAGCGUCUUAUUGACGAUAGAAAAGAAGACUCGAGGGAGGACAAACAAUUUUUGGAUAUGGCUGAAAACUCUAUUUAUAAGAAUGGAGAACAUUACUGCGUUUCGUUGCCUUUUCGUAACAAGGUCACUAUUUUGCCUGAUAACUCGGUAAUGGCUAAACGGAGAUUACGCAGCAUUGAGAACAGGUUCAAGGCAGAUCCCAAGUUCAAAGAAGAUUACACUGCCUUCAUGGAAAAACUGUUGGUAAAAGGUCAUGCGGAACCAGCACCUGUGGGAUUUGACAAAGGAAAGGUCUGGUACAUUCCUCAUCAUGGUGUAUACCACAAGAAAAAGAACAAGAUUCGAGUGGUGUUUGAUUGCUCUGCUCGAUAUCAAGGUGUCUCCCUUAACGACAACUUACUCCAGGGACCUGACCUUACAAACAAUCUUCUUGGUGUGUUGAUGCGAUUCCGGGAGGAACCAGUGGCUGUCAUUGGAGACAUUGAAGCGAUGUUCUAUCAGGUGAAGGUCCCAGUAAAUGAAAGAGACUAUCUGCGAUUUUACUGGUGGCCCAACGGGAAUACUGCGAAUGAGCCAAGGAGCUACAGGAUGACGGUUCACCUGUUUGGAGCCUCAUCAUCUCCCAGUGUUUGCAACUUUGCUCUUCAGAAAACUGCAAAGGACAGUCAAGAACGGUUUCCCCAAGAAGUUCAGGACGCACUGAAAAGAAAUAUGUAUGUCGAUGACUGUCUGACCUCCGUUGCUACAGAGAAGAAGGCGAUUAGUCUUAUACAUGAUGUGACUCAAAUGUGUAAAUCCGGAGGAUUCCGACUUACCAAAUGGACGAGUAACAGUGAUGAGGUUGUGGAAUCUAUUCCAGAGGGUGAUCGUGCCCUAGACGUCAAGUUGUGGAGUCUGGAUAGUAAGCCACCUAUCGAAAGAGCUCUCGGAGUUUAUUGGUUCAUGGAGAAUGACUCCCUUGGAUUCCAAAUUCAGAUGAAAGACAAGCCCGUUACUAGAAGAGGUAUUCUAUCAGUAACCAGCUCAGUGUACGAUCCUUUAGGAAUUGCAUCCCCGUUUGUUCUUAAGGCCAAGUCAAUUCUGCAAAGACUUUGUAGGGAUGGUAAGGGAUGGGAUGAGGAGAUCACAGGAAAAGAUCUGAAGGACUGGACCGAUUGGCUGCUUCAGCUACCUGAACUAGAGCAUGUUACCAUUGAUCGGUGUUACAAAGGGAAAAACCUCGGCAAGGUAACCUCCUGUCAACUUCAUGGUUUCGCAGAUGCAAGUGACAUUGGAUAUGGAAUGGUAUUCUAUCUUCGACUCGUUGAUGUCACCGGAAAGAUCCACUGCUCGUUCUUGUUCGGGAAGGCGAGAGUCGCACCACUGAAGGCAGUGACUAUACCCCGGAUGGAACUUACAGCUGCCUCUUCUCUAGUGAAGUUGGGCAGGAUGGUGACAGAACAGCUGAAUUACAACAUAGAUCGAUUCUUCUUUUGGACUGACAGCACUUCAGUCUUAAGGUAUAUCGCAAACAAGAAUUUACGCUUCCACACGUUCGUAGCUAACCGCAUUGCUCUUAUCCACGAAGCUACGUCGGAAGAUGACUGGUAUUACAUCAACACUAAGGAGAAUCCAGCUGAUGUUGCAUCAAGAGGAACGAGCAUUUCGAAGUUGCCUGACUCGUGGACUCGUGGACCAAUGUUCCUCUGGAAAUCCGAACGUGAAUGGCCCGUUGUGGAAAAGGAUGUUAAGAUCACGGAUAAAGAGAAUGAUCCUGAAAUAAGGACGACUGCGUGCGCUACAUCAGUUGUUUUAGACACAAACAGUGGUGUCGAAAAUCUUUUCGACUAUUACUCCAACUUUAAUAAGCUUAGGAGAGCUACUGGAUGGCUUAUGAGAGCUAUGGACAACCUGCAGGGAGCUGUUGAGAGGAGCCGGCAGAUAAAACAGGACAUCAGCAGUUCAGAAUCUGAUCCUGUGAAACGCGACCAGAAAAUAAAGUUAGCAUUGUCGAAAGAGAGACAGGAUAGACUUCUCAAAGGACAGAAAAACCUUCGUACAGCGUGUCUGUCUGUGGAUAUUCUGGAACGAGCUGAAGCCGCGUUGAUUAAGUAUGAGCAACGAAAGUACUUCGCAGCCGAAAGCAAGAUCCUUCACCAGGACAAUGGUGUUCAGUCGCGAAAACUCAAGAAGUCUUCGAAAUUAUUCAAGAUGGACCCCUUUGUUAAAGAUGGUGUCAUUCGCGUAGGAGGUCGUCUUGAAAGAGCUGAAAUUUCGUAUGAUGCAAAACACCCCGUGGUGUUGCCUAGGGAAUCUGUCGUAUCGAGACUCGUUGUGGAUGAUGCCCACAGAUCAUGUGGUCACUUAGGAAAGAACACUGUUCUUGCAUUCAUUCGAGAAAAAUAUUGGAUUGUUGGUGCUCGCACUCUGGUGAAAUCUAUUCUUUCCAAAUGUGUGACUUGUAGGAAAUACAGAGCUCCA